AUGGAUGAUAAUACGGAUGCGAAAGAAACGAGAGUCGAACGUGAAUUAGAGAGAACAAACGCGUACGUUCUCUCUCUUCUCAGAGACAAACGACGAUUGAACGAGGAUUUGGAGAACGAACGUAAGUUGUCAAGGAAGUUGAAGGAAGAAUGUUAUGAUUUGAGAAAGAGACUCAGAGAAAGGGAGACAGCAGGGAGUGAUUCUACCGCUUGCUCUAAUACUAAUUCCCUCGUUAGCGUAAGCGAUCGAGGCGAAGCGGAAGAUCUCGCAUCGAAAAUCGAAGCUCUUGAGAAUAGUUUGCGCGAAUCACGCGCGCAAAUUAUGUCAUUGGAGGAUCACAAAACAGUGUUGGAGUCAGAAAUCUUGAGAUUAGCAGAAGCGCUAGGAAAGGACAAUUCAUGUUCUGAGCUGGAGCUCUACGUAGAGCAGCUAAGUAUAUACGAAAAUGACUUUCAGAAAGAGAGAAGUGACAAAGAAGAGGCACAGAGUAAAGUCUCCGAGCUUUCAGAACAAAUCACGGACUGUCAAGACCUAAUAUCGACACUCACCCGAGAGGUAGACAUGUACAAGAACGCGUUUGAACGAGAGAAAAGGGACAAAGAAGUGGCAAUGAUGCAGGAAAGAGGCGAAACGACAAUGCUUAAUCUACCUUCUUAUUCACAAUCAACAUUGCCGAACUUUCCUGGAAAUUUAAGCGAUCAAGCUCGAGUUGCGUUACCCGUACCCGCGCCGCAUCUGCAAGUUGUUUAUCCUAUUGUAGACUCUGGAAUGCAGCAGCAAAACUCCAGGCGAAAAAGGGAGCUUCAUCGCAGAGGUGUUCUCACUCGAGAUACCCCUGACACAACGGAUUUCUUCUAUGGGAGCUGA